CCCGCGGUCGGUGCUGCGGCGCGGAACCGGCCCGUCCCCAUGCCGAGCGCCGCCGCUGUCCAGCCCCGCCAUGGGCGGCUGCGUGGGGCGGCAGCGCCGGGAGCGGCCCGCCGCCGAGAACCCCCGCAAGCGAGCAGGCCGCAAUGAGCCGCUGAAGAAGGAGCGUCCCAAGUGGAAGAGCGACUACCCCAUGACAGAUGGGCAGCUGCGCAGCAAGCGGGAUGAGUUUUGGGAUACAGCACCCGCCUUUGAGGGCCGCAAGGAGAUCUGGGAUGCCCUGAAGGCAGCUGCCUAUGCUGUGGAGGCCAAUGACCACAGCCUGGCCCAGGCCAUCCUCGAUGGAGCCAGCAUCACCCUUCCCCACGGGUCCCUGACAGAGUGCUACGAUGAGCUGGGCAACCGCUACCAGCUGCCCGUCUACUGCCUGGCACCUCCCGUCAACCUGAUCCUGGAGCGGAGCGAGGAGGAGGCCGCGGAGCCGGCCGAGCCGCUGCCCAACAGCCGGCGGGAGUUUGCCCUCAAGGUGCGGCUCUCCACCGGCAAGGACCUGCGCCUCAGCGCCAGCAUGGGUGACACCAUCGGGCAGCUGAAGAAGCAGCUGCAGGCGCAGGAGGGCAUUGACCUGGCCUGGCAGCGCUGGUUCUUCUCGGGCAAGCUACUCACUGACCGCACUCGGCUGCAGGAGACCAAGAUCCAGAAGGAUUUUGUUGUGCAAGUGAUUGUCAACCAGCCCCUGCCACCCAGGAACUGAGCCACCCCCCACUGAUGGUGGGGAGAGGAUGGGGGGCUGUGUGACAAUGGCACCUCUGGGGCUGCUCCAGGCCAUGUUCCAGUCAUGCUGGAGCCUUUGCAACGCCUGUUUCCCCCUGAGGCCACUUUCCAAUUUGGGUGAGCUCCCCCACCCCACCUCAGAGGGUGUGCAUGGGGCUGUGCCACCGCAGCAGCCCCUGUCAGCUGGGAACACGGGCACAUACUGCCCUUGCUGCAGGAGAUUUGAGACCAAAUAUGUCUGGGGAGGUCAGCACAGCCAGAGCCUCGCUGCUGGGCUGUGUCGGCGGGGAGAGACUGUGACCUGCUGGGCUCUGGCUCCCCCUGGCCAGGAGGCCCCGGGGUACUGGGCUGGGUGGAGAUGUCUCCCCUCUUGUAUAUAGUAUGUAUUUAUCAAUAAAGCCUUUUCAUCCUA